GCUGCCGCCUGCUCUCCUGGGCCCAAGCUCGAUACUGGCCCCCCCGCCCUUGGCCCCUCGGCUCUUGCCAGUCCCUUUGCCGCUCCCGUUCCCGCUCCCGCUCGUCCCCAUUCCCGCCGCGGCUCCUGCGUCGUCGUGCCCGUCCUUGGUUCGCCCCUUCCAGCAUCGUCGCUUCCCGGCGCCGCGCCAGCCGUCUCCAUGAUCGCCGGACCCAGGAAAGCAUCGGGCCUCGCCGCCUUGGCCUGCGUCUGCCUCAGUCUGCUUGGCUCGGUCGAUGCGGCCUACAAGUACGUCGAGUGCGGGUAUUGGACUCCUAGCGACUCCCGCUGGGCCUCCGCUGGCAACACCGUCCAAUCGUGCUACAACGUAUGUGCCUCGCAAACAACGUAUUUCGGCAUCUCCGUCAAGCCGUGCUCCAACGGGCAGCCGUCGUCCGACACUAGUGUGUACUGCAUGUGCAUCAGCUCCCUGCCGCAGUCGUAUUCGGGCUGCGACCAGACCUGCAGCGGCGACGGCCUCCAGUGCGGCUCCUGCACCAACGGCUAUGCCCACAGCUUCUAUCAGGUCGUCCCUGAUCCCCCUCCUCCUCCUCCUCCUCCACCACCACCACCACCACCACCACCUCCUCCUCCUCCUCCUCCGCCGCCGCCUCCGCCUCCUCCUCCCCCGCCUCCUCCGCCUGCAUCGACCUCGGCUCAGAAUCCACCUCAAACAUCGCAGUCAACUGUUGCACCUACGACCACAUCUUCCCUGUCCGUGUCUGCCACAACUUCGGCAGCAUCCUCGGCAUCAACUCUGGCCGGCACCAGCUCACUGGAUGCUUCCGCAACGCCGUCCAAGACCUUGGCAGGUGGCUCUGGUGCCUCGCCAUCAAACACAAACUCGGCCUCCAGCCCCAGCGACUCGACCAGCUCCGGAAGUAGCAUGCUCCCGCUGAUUCUCGGGGUCACAUUUACGGCCCUGGUUCUGAUCGGCCUUGUGGUCGGGCUAUGGGCAUAUCGGCGAAAACGCAAGGGCAUCCAGAACACCACCACUCAUCCCUUCCAGCAGCUGCAGGACCAGUCGCUCGGCCGCGGAUUGGCCGGAAGCGACAGGAUCCAACCGUCGAUUCCUCGAUCAUCCACCUCGAACCCGGAGCCUGCCAUCACUCCCAAGCCGGCCGAGGACUACGAGCUGGCAGAUCGAACCCCGUCGGGAUCGGGAUCGGACCGGAGCGUGAAUCGGAGUCUUCCGUCCCACAGCAGCGCCCUGUCGUCCUCUCAAAGCGCCAUCGCUGUUCCCACCAAGGUCUACCAGGCCGCGAACGUUCCCGGCAGCUCUCGCGGCGACAUGUACUCCCAGCCAACGAGCUCGUCGGCAGCGUCCCCCUCGAUCCGGGCGACUCCCCCGAGCGCUCUCCUUGGCGGAUCCGACAUUAUUCGCACCCAUUCGGACCAAACCCUGCCUCAGCUUCCCACCACCGGGCUCUUCCAGCCCCCCGCCGUGGUCUCCCCAACCCGAGCAGAUAUCCCGCCGACCUACGAAGAGAGCUUUGCCCACGCCCAGGCUGGGCAGUACUUUGUCACCAUGGUCGCCUUCCAGGCAACUCGCGAGGACGAAAUCGAUCUUAGCACCGGUGAUAUUAUCUCUCUGGAGGAGAGCUUCGAUGACGGCUGGGCAUCGGGCAAGAACUUGGUCUCGAACCGAAUCGGCGUCUUCCCUCUGCAGUCGCUCGUCCAGAUCUCGGACGACAAGCUCGCGAUGCUCAUGAGAACCCUGUCGCAGCAGCAGCAAGCUCGUCUCGGCGCCUUCCCGGCCUCCCAACUCAGCACCGACACCAAGGCGCGGUAUGAGCUUGAAGGCCCCGACGACAUCUUCAACGCCAUGCGAAACCCCAAUCUGCUGACGCCGACACUGUCGGACCUCGCUGCCUCAGGCGCGCUCGCGCUCGGCACCGAGGAAUCUAGAAUGGCUCCGGUCGCUGGCAACUCGGCCCAGCAAGUUGCAGCGAGCUCGGUCGUUCUCUCGCCGGAUCAACUCUGGAACAGCGGCCGAAUCACAUUCCAGCAAUACGUGCGACUCAAAGAGCUCGAGAACGAAGAAAAGAUCCUCAACAUCCGAAUGAGAGAGCUCGAGCUGCAGCGAAGAGGAUAAGCCGAUGAAGGCGGGAAGCAACCCGAACCACAUAUUCCCGACGCGCAUCCUCGUCCAGCUGCCUUCUGGGCGGGGUGGUGCUGACACGCCAGCCCCACCGCCGCUUUCCG